AGAUAAGAUUAGACUUUAUUUAUCCCACAAUGGAGAAAUAAAUUUAUGUAUUUAUUUUAUAAAAAAUAAAUAACCUUUUUUCUGAUUUCUGCAGUGACGCUGAGUUAAUGUUGUGUAACAUCUGGAAAACAACAUUGGAGUCGGGACACAACACUGAACAAACAGCAGACUUCCUGCUAUUGUCUCUCCGAUCCCAACAUCCUUCUUCUUCUGCCUUCCAGUUUUCGUCUUCUUCUCCUCUGUUCUGCUGUCCCCUGCUGUAUGUGAUUAUUUUUUUCCCUCUUCUUGUCGCCAUGGCAGCAGACAGGAAGUGUUUGGUUCCUUGUUCAUGUUGUUGUGCCUGACUGUAAAUCACGGAAGUCAAAGUCACAGCAAAGACUCAAGCAUGAAGAGAGUUAAUGCCAUGAGGUUUAGAUGUGAGUCAGCAGAGAUCAUUGCCUUAUCCACGUAAUAAAAGGGUGUUAGCCAACAGGACAAAGAUGAGUCCUUUUCAGAAGUAUUACUGUAAGUUUUUGGUUAAAAAGUGUUUGCCCUAAAUUGUUUCCAGACAAUGAAGGAAAAUCCCAGAAACUCUCCACGUCCAAACAAACAAAGAUACUUCAGCACUUGAAGAUUGUCAGAUAUAACAGAAAGAAAAUUUUGUUUCCUCUGAUUCACAAAACAUCUGAAUCGAUCCAUCCACCCAUUCGUUGCCUUCUGCUGAUCCAACAUCGGGUCGUGGGGAUAACAGGACCAGGAGGCAUCUCUUACCUUGGCGACACUCUCCAUCUCCUUCUGGGGAUCCCGUAAUGAUAAUGAAUGUUUCAAACACAAUAAUAAUAAUGAUGAUAUGCUGCAUUUUGCAGAGUGAAAGCAGAGCAGUGAAAUGAAGCAGCAGAGAGCUCUGAGUUCAUAACUAAAUUUUGCCUUUAUGUGCUGUUUAAAAACCUUCAGCCAGUCACUACUUCCCAAUGUUUUUCCAUUUAAGGACACAGACGUUCCUGUAACUGUCACGAUUCUCCUGUGCUUUGAGUUUUGCGUAUAUCUCUCUGCACUUUCCUGUUCAGUUGCUGUUAUUCUAGUUGUUCUUAUUAGAUUAGGUUCAUGGUCCAUUCUGGUGAUAUUUCUGUUACUCCUCUGUGUUAACUAGCCUCCCUCCUUCAGCUGCUCCACAUUUCUCCUGAUUAGCUCUACUAGUUAAUUGGUCCUUUCUCCACCCUGCCUCUGUAUUUAAGCUCUCAGGUUUUCAUUGCUUGCAAGUGUUUCCUGAUGUUGGUCUUACCCAGCCUGUUCCUGCCCGAUGCGUCUUUGUACGUCAUCCGUUCUGUUCUGAUUAAAUACUUUAACUCACCAUGAGGCUCAGACCCUCUUGUUUAAACUUUGGUCCUGUACAACCUCAACUCUGUUAUAAUGUGGGUUUCUGUUGGACCAAUAUGCGGGGAAGAACUCUUGAAGCUCGAAGUUUGCAGCUUUAGUCCGAAGAAACCCUCUAGAAAGCCACCUGAUUUAAACAACUGCCAGAAGAAGAAGAGAAAACAGGCCAGCAGAGAUGCAGACGCCCUCAGUCUCUGCAGUCUGACCAUCAAUGAGCCAGGCACCAAGCGUGGUAAACCCGUACCCAGGGUGACUUCUCUGGCUAGUCUGCUGCCUCCUGUCAAGGCUACGUCACUGAAGAGGAUUAGUCAGACUCUGCAGUCUCUGUCUCUGCAGCGCUCCAUCAGUUUCCGUAAUGAGAAUCGAGCAGAAAGAGCUGCUCCACCUUUCCCCCACCCUGGUCCUCCUCCUCCUUCUUCUUCCUCAUCCGUAAUGACGACACAAGUUAUUUCAGCAACCGUCUCCAACCCUUCAUCCUGCAUGAACGCGUCACGGGUUCCCACAGCAACAGCCCAUGCCUCAAAGCGUCGUGACAGCAAACUGUGGAGCGAGACGUUCGACAUCCGAGUAGGAGCAACUCAGACUCUGAGUCCAAAGGAGAUAAAAAGACAGGAGGCUAUUUUUGAGUUGGCUCAAGGAGAACAAGACUUGGUGGAGGAUCUUAAGUUGGCCAAAAAGGCAUACCAUGACCCGAUGCUGAAGCUGUCCAUCGUGACUGAACAAGAACUGAACCAGAUCUUUGGUACUCUGGAUUCACUGAUACCUCUGCACGAAGACCUGCUUAGUCGGCUAAAAGAUGCCAGAAAACCUGAUGGAUCAACAGAAAACAUAGGACACAUCCUGACUGGCUGGCUGCCUUGUCUCUCCUCCUACACGUCGUACUGCAGUAACCAGGUGCAAGCCAAGGCCCUGCUGGAUCAGAAGAAGCAAGAUCGAAGGGUCCAAGACUUUCUGCAACGCUGCCUGCAGUCCCCUUUCAGCAGGAAGUUGGACCUGUGGAACUUCCUGGAUAUCCCUCGCAGCCGGCUGGUGAAAUACCCGCUGCUGCUCAGAGAGAUCCUGAAGCACACCCCCAACAACCACCCAGAUCGGCAGCACUUGGAGGAAGCGAUGCUGAUGGUCCAGAACGUGGUGGCAGAUAUCAACAGGGAGACCGGAGAGUCUGAGUGUCAGUACUACAAGGACCGUCUGUUGUAUUCAGAGGAUGGACAGAGAGACGAACUCAUCGACCGGUCCAAGACCCUCAACUGCCACGGAGAGCUCAAGAACAACAGAGGACUCAAACUCCACAUAUUUCUGUUCCAGGAUAUUUUGGUCAUCACCAGGUCGGUCUUGCUGAACAACCAGCCGGUUAGCUACUUGCUCUGCCGCCAGCCAAUCCCCAUUCGCCAGCUGGACCUGGAGGACAUAUCAGAUGGAGAGAUGAGAGUGGGUGGAUCCAUCAGAGGGGCCUUCAGCAACAACGAGCGAACCAAAAACUUCUUUCGGGUGUCAUACCGCACGGGAAGCCAGCUGCAGACGCACUGCUUCCAGGCCAGCGACGCCUUCAACAAGCAGCAGUGGCUCAACUGUAUCCGACAAGCCAAAGAGGCAGCAGCAGCACUGAGAGGACAGCCUGUGGAUCCAGAGCCUGGAGGACUGAUGGAGCCGUCUUAUGAGACAAGUCAAAGUCCUGAGAGUGGAUGUUCAGGGAGCAAAAGUGAAAAGAAAAUCUUGGGAAAGAUGGAGGUAGAACUGGGUCUGGAAGAAGAGGCUGUUCUAAGUGGAGGAGAAGAUCUUGGUGUAUUAAAGGAGAGCAUGAUGAUAGAUAGGCAAGUAACAAGUAAGGAGGUGGAGGUCGAUUUAACUCUGGAUGAUCGGAAGUGUUUGCAAUUAGGAGGAUCAGCAACGAGUGGUGAGACUGAGAUGAAGCAGGAACCAAAAUCACCUGCAGACUUGAAGAUGGAUGAAGAAGAAGAGACUCGCAGCUCAGGUGAUGAAGAUGUUCCUGCUUCUGGUGCUUUAUUUAAUUCUCUGAAUCCAGAAGACGAAGAGUUAAUGAAAGAGGAGGAACACAGACGGUCUAAGGAGGAAGAAGAGGUCAGCAUGGACACAGGAGAGAGUGAGGAGAUGACCUACAGAUGCUGACAGAAAGUAAACACAGAACUGAAUCAUUCAAACUGAGUGAAGAAUAUGGAGAAUCAGUUGAAAUUUGUGAGGACACACUGACCUAAAUGUUCCAGCUAAUGUUGUCUAAGGGUAAAUAUUCUACAGAUCCCCGUCCUUCGGAGAAGUAGCAUUAGUAUCUAAGGUGAACUGCACAUCAGGAGAUGAAGAUUGUUGCCCAUUCUUUAUUGUGUUUAUUGUGAAAUACCUCAAACAAUGUCCGGUUAUAAGGAGAGUGUCUAUGAACAUUAGUUUUCAAGCCUUGCCAUUGUUUCUCAUUCAGAUUUAGGUCUGGACUUUGACUAGGCCAUUUUAACACAUGAACAUGCUUUGCCCUACAGCUCUGGCUGUAUGUUUAGGGUUAUUGUCCCUCUGGAAGGUGAACCUUCACCCCAGUCUCAAGUCUUCAGCAGCCUCUAACAGGUUUUGUGACAGGAUUGCUCUGUAUUUAGCUCCAUCUAUCUUCCCAUCGACUCUGACCUGCUUCACCGUCUCUGCUAAAGAACAGCCUCCCCGCAGCAUGAUGCUGCCACAGCUAAGUUUCAAAGUGGGGGGGGGGGGGUUAGUGUACAGUGUUAGUUUUCUGCCAUACAUAGAGUUUUUCGGGUAGGCCUAAAGGUUUGAUUUUGGUCUCCUCACACACUCCUCUCCACAGCACCUUCUUCUACAUGGCUUGUGGCAAACUGCAAACAGGAUUUCUUAUGGCCUUCUUCUGCCACUGCUUCAUCAACGGUAGAUUUGUGGAGUGCAUGACUACUAGCUGUCCUGUCAUCAGAUUCUCCCACAUGAGCUGCAGAUGUCUGCAGCUCUUCUUGAGUUCCCACGACCCUCUUAGGGGCUUCUGAUCAGUGCUUUCCACUUCUCAGUUUUGGUGAAUGAUCGACCAUGUUUCGGUGGGUUUGGAGGUGGACCCUGUUUACUAAUUAGCUGAAUUCUGAAGGCCAGUAGUUACAGGGGAUUUUAUUUAGAUGUAUCAGAGUAAAGCGGUCUGAAUAAGACUUAUCAGACUUUCAUUUAUAAAGAAGUUUGAAAACCAUGUAUCAUUUUCCUUCUUCACAGUCAUGCUCUACUUUGUGUUGGUCUAUCUCAUUAAAUUCCAGUUAGUACAUUAAACUGGGAUGCCCUAUGGUGUACAGGAAGGGCGGGAGCCUUAUAUUGGGAGGCUGUUAGUCCUCAAUUCCCUGGCCUUGAGACCUUCAAACGCAUGUCUUUACCCUUUUCGCUCAUUUUCUGUCUGAUUACUGCCAUUAAAAGUCACAGGCACCUCUUUGAAAAACUCUGCCUGGUCAGCUGGUUCAUCCAAUGUUUGAGGACAAGGAUGGGAUGAUUGUUCUCUAUUGGUGCAUAUGAAUAAGCCACUAACUGACGUAAUACAAAAAGGUAUUAUCAUGUCAUUCACUAAAAGAAGAAAAAAUGUUGCUGUAAAUCAGACAUUUUGGUAAGCCGACAAAAUAAUCCUGAAGGACACUUCCAAAAACAUGUUGGCCUAUUUAUGCAUCCAGGGGAAAGGAGACCAACAGGAAAGUAAAUGUUAAAAAGUCAAUUAUUUUUAAAUCAGUUAUUCUUGUCACAUAUGAUCAGGAUAUGAUAUUACCUGAAGGUUUUGCUGCAUGCAUAUGUUUUUCAGAUUAUUGACAGUGGUAUAGCCUAAUUGAAACAACCAAGAACAAGCAAGUUUGGGGGUUUAAAUGCUGUUUUAUAAACAUUUUGAUUGAU